CGAUGGCUGGAUCCUUUCGGCACAAUUGCACUACACGGCGGGGAUUUAAGGUUAUUGGUGCGAUUUCAUUCGCAGGUCGCAUGGAUUUUUCUCCCGCCGUGUGUUCUAGGGAUUUCAGCCAGGCACUUCGUCCUUCCACUGUCGAAGUGAUCUUUAUACCAACCGCCAGGAACAGGAGCUAUACUAUCACUACCAUGGCAACAGGCAAUCCACAGGCGGGUGCAUCCGGUAGCAGCGGCAAUGCAGACACAAACUUGUUAAACAUGGAAUGGCGCUUUCACGAGUGGAUUAUGGGCGUGGGCGGACUGAACCCAGAUAACGUACUCGACUAUUUUGCACUCUCGCCGUUCUGGGACCCUGAAUGCAACAAUGCCGUCCUGAGGAUGCAAACCCAGUUCAACAACCUAGGAGAGAUGAAGCAGCGUCUCAGUGAGAUGACAGGAAUCGAGUUCGCGCUGGUCCAUGAGCGGUAUCCAACGUUAUUUAUCAUCCAGAAACAAAGGAGAAGGAGUCCCCAAGAAGUGAAGCCCAUGGCGAUCUACUACGUCCUUCAAGGAAGCAUCUACCAAUGUCCAGACCUUCAGACCCUUCUCUCGAACCGGAUUCUCGGCAGCUUGUACCACGUCGAAAGUGCGUUCAAUGAAGCUAGGGUCAUGACUGAGUUCCACCCCUCAACCGGAUACCAUUGGAAGUCGACAAUAGUUGAUGGACCAUCCGCAAUACCUGGCGCGUCAACCCCAUCAAUGGCGACAGCAGCGGCAGCAGGAGCAAGCGCCGCCAAGGCUGGAACUACUCUUUCACAGGACUUUAUGAUUGCGGUCGAUAGAGCGAUCAAGGAUGUAGAUCAGCGUGCACAGAUGCAACAGUUUAUGCUCCAAUCAGGAAACGCAGCUAAUGGUGGCGCUUCGUCCUCCACCGCAAUUGUUGGAGCAGAUUCAAAGGUCAAGCAGGAAGGCGAAACGAGUGCUGCUGCGGCGGCAUCGACCGCUUCGAGAAAUGCCCCCAAGGCUGCCAACAAGAGGCGAAAAAAGAGCGAAGAGGCCUCAGCGGCCGCAGCGAACAUGGGUAUCAAUACGAAUGCUGGGGCAGGAGGCAGCUCACAGGGCCGACCGCCAUCGGCAGGAGGCGCGAACCAAGCUGCGGGACCUGCAACGCCAUCGGCUAUACCAGCAAAGAGGCGGAAGAAGACCAAGACUAUCGAUCCAAAAUAAACACCCGACGGCAAUACAAUUUAUAGACAU